AUGUUCAGUGGUCAAGGCGAGAAACCGAAGGGGGCGAAACAAACCCCAUCCGUGAAGGCAGGCGCUGAACGCCGCCAGCGACAAAUGAUCAGUGUGCGCCAGAAGGCCCACGGGGAACUCAUGAAACACGUCCGCGAGGAACACGAUGAUGGAAACAACGCACAGCAGGUCCCCAACGGCGACAGCAUGGACGUGUGGGCGUAUAAUAACAAGACGCGACCAGAGGCCGUCCCACUCGCACUGCUCCCCGAGUUUGUGCGGAUGGUCAUGCACGGGCAGACCGAGCAGGAGGUCUUCCACGGCACACUCAUGAUCCGCAAGCUGCUCUCUGUGGAGAUGGACCCGCCGCACGACGCCGUCACGCAGAGCGGCGUUAUUCCGUACCUCGUCUCGCUCCUCGACCGCGUGCAGAGCCCGCAGCUGCAGUUUGAGGCCGCGUGGGCACUCACCAACGUCGCCGCCGGCACCUCGCAGAACGCCGCUCUUCUCGUGGAGGCCGGCGCCAUGCCACGCUUUGUCGCCCUGUUGGGAUCCGAACACGCCGACUGCCGCGAUCAGGGCGCGUGGGCGAUUGGCAACAUGGCUGGCGACGGUGUGCCCUGUCGGGAUUUGGCCCUGCAGUGCAAUGCGAUGCCGGCCCUCCUGCACGCCUUGUCUGUGCCCGACCAGCAGCUCAGUGUGGUGCGGAACGCGACGUGGGCGGUGUCGAAUCUCUGCCGCGGGAAACCACCGCCGCCGCUGGAGAGUGUCGCCAUCGCACUGCCAAUGCUCUGCAGUCUGCUGCACCAUCCAGACAAUGAAGUCGUGACAGACGCAUCGUGGGCCAUUUCGUACAUGAGUGAUGGGCCGCAUGAGCGUGUGCAGGCGGUGAUAGACGCAGGUGUGGUUCCACGCGUGGUGGAACUUCUUUCAUCCUCAUUAACGCCACUGCAGACAUCUUCCAUUCGUACCAUUGGAAAUAUCGCAAGUGGAGAUGAUGCACAGACACAAGUCUUAAUUAACUGUGGAGCACUUCAAUUUUUGGGACCUCUUCUAACGCAUCGUAAGCGUGAGAUUCGUAAGGAAACCUGCUGGACCAUUUCUAACAUCGCUGCAGGAAAUGCACCACAGAUUGAAGCCCUUAUCACAGCAAAUCUUUUCCCCUUGGUGAUUAAAUGUCUCGAGGGAUCAGACCUUGACGUUAAGAAAGAGGCGGUAUGGUCUAUUGCCAACGUCACUCUUUGUGGAGUUGCACACCAUAUGCGCUACCUAUUGGACUGUAGGGUUAUACCGCCGUUGUGUGAAACACUAACCACGCAUGAGUCGAAGAUUCUCACGGUGGCUCUCGAAGCCUUGCUGGGGUUUCUCCAACUAGCAGAGGAAGAUUAUAAGGCAGGUGCAACUCCAGAGAAUAUGGUUACACGCGCUAUCAUUGAGUGCGGUGGUGUAGACUCUAUUGAAAGAAUGCAAUCGUAUUCUGAUAAUAAUGUGUACAACAUGGCUCUUUGCAUUCUGGAGACAUAUUUUAACACAGAGGAGGGUGCCCCUGAGAGGUUUGAUAUGUCCAUGGAGGUUACCGGAAAUGAAGCGAGUGGGAAUAACACCGGUUUUAACUUCUGA